AUGACACAAUCAAGCUCUGAUCUCAAGGCCUCUAGGGCGUCGACUCGAGGCGAAGAUGUUACCAGUCUCAUGAGCCUACCAGACGAGAUACUCGAGAUGAUCUUCGAAGAAUGCUUCCGCAAUCAUCGCUUCCACGCCAGACCCAUGAAGUCCACCAACAAGUUGAUGGUCGAUCUUCCUCGAAGUCUCCGAACGUCAAAGCGUUUUCGCAAAAUUGCACAACCUGUGGCCCUUCAUCACGUUUUCAUCAACCCGCCGUCGCUCACAACAGGUGACUCGAGACCCUCGGGCAUCCUUGUCUCUCUAGAUGUCAGUGUCCUACAGAGUCUCAAGAUCAACCACCCCUGGAAGCUGCGCGACGUCAAGUUCUUCAGUAAGACCAUCAAGGCUGUACCAGGCUUGCAGAAAUUGAUUCUGUGCUCACCGUUCAGAAUCCCAAUGCUCCCAAGACAGGUGGAAAGCCGAGUGGUUGAUGAUUCCCGCCUGAACAGCGAGAGUCCACUACAUGUCGCGCUCCGGGGAGACGGUACUGAUGCUGUCAAGGAAUGCUUCACGAAAAUUUUGGAAAGAUGGCUUCUCCCAGGAUUCUUCGAUUCAAACUGUCAGUUUGCAGGUGCUCUCGCGGUCUGGGAGGCUGGAAACAAGAGAUUCGAGUUGUGUAUCGAAGCUCCCGUUGUGUACAAAAUGAAUUUUCCACUGGACAACACUGCGCUUCUACCAUGCCUAGAGAACCGGAAAGUGCACCUCUGGACUGCGAGAUUCAGUACCCAUACCCAAGCCAUCGCGAUGAUGCCCGGCAAAGACAACUGCAACACUACUGUGUCCGGCGACGGCCAUCUUCGUGCAAUCGAGUUUGACAAGGAUGAGCCCGACUCUGUGAUUCCUUACGACAUAUCGAUCUUCGACGAGAUAAUCAACAGACCUGCUUCUCGAGAAUCUAUCGAGCGAGUCAAGAACGCUUGA